UUGGUUGAUUUGGCGUCGCCAUGGGCAUGGGCGUGGAAAUUGAACCGAGCUUGGUUUCUGUGCUCUCUCUGUGUUUUUUGGCUAUCGGCUUCGUCGUCUUCGUCCACGCCGAUGAAGUUCCAGGUUUCAUCAACAUCGCUUGUGGUGCAUCUGGAGACGUGCGAAACACAGUGGAGGGGUUGGUUUAUAAAUCAGACAAGGAUUUGAUAGACUCAGGAAUCGGCAGACAAAUUGCAAAAGAAUUUCGUUCCCAAUGGCAAUCACCAUACUUGAACUUAAGAAGCUUUCCAAACGGCACAAGGAAUUGCUAUCGUCUUCAACCAGAAGGUGAAGCUGAAGCAGGCACGAUCGCCAAAUAUCUCAUCAGAGCUUCCUUUGUGUAUGGCAAUUACGAUGGCUUCAAUUCCACCCCCAAUUUUGACCUCUAUCUCGGCGCCAACUACUGGGCAACGGUGGAUCUGGAUAGCGUAAGUCUGGACGCCAUUACUAUCCCUUCCACACCCACAGAUUACAUCGAGGUCUGCUUGGUUAAUACAAAUAAUGGAGUGCCUUACAUUUCCGCCAUGAAAUUACGGCCCCUGGACAUCUCCCUUUAUCGAAUCGAUCCCACGGACAACGCCAAAUUCUCGGUACGUUGGACACGACUCGACAUUGGAGGCAGCAAACAGUUCGGAUACCCGCAAGAUGUUUAUGAUCGGUUAUGGUCAGGUUACCAAUGCGACAUGUUAGGUUAUAAUAAUAGUCGCUUAGUGUCCACAAAUGCGGCCAGUACCGAGAGCAACGACGAUGAUCCAUACAACUUGCCACAGUCGUUGUUACAGACGGCUUGUCGAGCCAGAAAUUCGACUUCUCCACUGGAGUAUACCUGGACGCCCGAUGAAACGUGGUCUCGAUUUUACUUUUGCUUUCAUUUUGCGGAGAUUGAGAAGCUUGAGGCUGGGCAGUUUCGGGAGAUGAGGAUCGUGUUGAACGAUGUCCAUACCAUCACAGAAUCCGUUAAACUCCUCCAAUAUCUCAGACCGCACACCUUUUGCUCAAAAGGCUACGUUGUGAUUCCCAACCAACUCAAUAAACUUUCCAUUUAUGCAACCUCUCCGUCUAGCCUCCUAUCCUCAAUGGGCUUGAGGUUUUUUGUACCACGGAGAAUCCAAAUCCACUCACCUUCUCCCAAGAUGUGGAAAAUGUUGUGUUGUGGCAGUAGAGCCAAGGGGAGGAGAUUCUCGUUGAUUGUUCCUGAAGGAGAUGUUGGAUUUUUCCCUCCUACGGGCUUCUACAGUGCCUUGAAUGCAAUAAGGGACAUCAAACAACAUUACAAGCUUAGGAGAAAUUGGGAAGGCGAUCCUUGUGGCCCACCUGCAUUCUCAUGGGAGGGUUUGAAUUGCAGCAGUGCCCACCCUUGGGCUAGAAUCAUUUCACUUAACUUGAGCAGCAGCAACUUGACUGGAGAUAUUGCAUCUUCCAUCUCCACUCUCAAUGCAAUCAAGUACUUAGAUCUAUCCUACAAUGAAUUGGAAGGGGCAAUACCAGAAUCCUUGGUGCUGUUGCCACAACUGCAACUUCUUAACUUAAGUGGGAAUAAUCUCACCGGCGUAGUUCCGGAGCCUCUUCUCAAAAAGUUUAAAGAUGGAACUUUGGUUUUAAGUGUGGAAGGAAAUCCGGAACUCUGCUUGUCACCUCCAUGCAACCACAAAAAGGAGUUGGCAAUUGGAAUUCCUAUUUUCUGCUCUGUCGUAGCAGUCCUUGUAAUCAUCAUCAUCCUCUUGGGGGUCAUUAUAAUCUAUACAAGAAAAACCAAAGAGAAUUUGGUUGAACCGGAACACCAAGGAUCACUGAAAUUGAAGAACCAACGGUACAGUUAUUCAGAGGUGGUGAGAAUUACUGAUAAUUUUGAAGUGGUUAUUGGAGAAGGGGGAUUCGGAAAAGUUUAUCUGGGUGCUCUAGAAGACUUAACCAUGGUUGCAGUGAAGGUGCUUUCUCCAUCAUCGCAGCAAGGCUACAAAGAAUUUCGAGCAGAGGCACAACUACUGAUGAUUCUUCAUCAUCGCAACUUGGUUUCUCUUCUUGGAUACUGUGAUGAAGACGAUCACAAGGCACUUAUUUAUGAAUACAUGGCCAAUGGCAGUUUACAGCAAUAUUUAUCAAACACAAAUACGAAUACGAAUUCAAAUACAGAUACUCUUAGUUGGACUGGAAGACUUCAAAUUGCAGUGGAUGCAGCACAAGGAUUGGAAUAUCUACACAAUGGUUGCAAACCCCCAAUUAUCCAUAGAGACCUGAAACCUUCAAACAUAUUAUUAGACAAGACAAUGCAAGCCAAAAUAGCUGAUUUUGGAUUGUCUAGAACUUUUGCAACUGAAAAUGGGUCUCAACUUUUAACUCGAAUCGCUGGUACACCUGGAUAUCUUGAUCCUGGAACUCAAACAUGUGGAAAUGUAAAUAAGCAGAGUGAUGUGUAUAGCUUUGGGAUAAUCUUGCUUGAGUUGAUCACUGGGCAGCCUGCAGUAACAAGAUCUUCUCAAGGAAAUUUUCACAUACUGAACUGGGUGGAACCAAUGAUCAGAACAGGAGAUAUUCAAAACAUUAUUGAUCUCAAGUUAGGGGGACAGUUCAACCAAAACUCUGCGUGGGGAAUUGUAGAACUUGCCAUGUCAUGCACACAACCAACUGCACUUAAGAGGCCAGAAAUGGGUUAUGUUUUGGAAGAGCUUAAGGAGUGUUUGGCAGUCAAUCAAAGCAAUACAACACAAACUCGUAUCAUAUCGACGCGAUUUCUUUCUGAAUCGGAAAUAGCCCCUUUUGCAAGGUAGUCCAUACGCCUUAGAAAUUAUGGUUAUUAUAUGUUUGUAUAUAUAUCAUGAAUGUUUUAGAUGGGUGCAUGCAUUAAGUUAUCUCCCUGUCUUGUUGAUGUAUUAUUUUCUACUUUAGAAAAACAUUUGUAAAGUAUUAUUUUAGGAUUAAAAA